AGAAAAGCCUCUCGUUCUUCUUCUUCAUGCCUCUCUGCAAAUCAUAGCACCAGUCACUACUAAACUCAUCAAGUCAUCAUGAUUCCUGUUAUUGCAGUUUUACUUUUCUUUGCCUCAUCCAUCUUUUUAGGCUUUCUUAUCCAAAAAACGAAGCGAAUAGUACUCCCACCAGUGCCACCUCUCCCUCCAGGACCAAGCCCAUGGCCGAUCAUUGGAUGUGUACCAGAGAUGUGGAGGAACAGACCAGCAUACAGAUGGAUACAUGACCUUCUGAAACAGCUUAACACUGAUAUUGCAUGUGUACGACUAGGAAAAGUUCAUGUGAUCGCAGUCAAAUCACCUGAAAUUGCCAGAGAAUUCUUGAAAAAACACGACGCUGUUUUCGCUUCACGACCCAUUACCAUGGCUACUCACCUCUUCAGUAGUGGAUACUUGACAGUAGGUGUUACACCUAUAGGAGAGCAGUGGAAGAAAAUGAGAAGGGUUUUGAUUGCCGAAGUGUUUAAUCAGUCCAGACUAUGGUGGCUACUCGAUAAGAGAAACGAUGAAGCGGACAAUCUUGUGAAGUUUCUCUAUAGUCAGUGCUCGAACAGUGAGAAUGGUUCGGUGGUGAAUGUGAGAAUUGCAGCUCAACAUUACUCAGCAAAUGUGAUGAGAAGAAUGUUCUUCAUCACGAGGUACUUUGGCAAAGGGAGAGAGGAUGGAGGGCCAGGACUUGAAGAAGAAUUACACGUCUCUGCGCUUUUCACAUUGGUCUUGCAUACGUAUGCAUUCUGUGUAUCCGAUUACCUUCCAUGGUUGAGACCGUUUGACAUAGGUGGGCAUGAGAAAAAGGUCAAGGAUGCUUUGAAAAUUAUCAAGCAGUAUCAGGACCCUAUUAUAGAUGAGAGAGUACGAAAGUGGAGGUGCUCAAAUCAGGAGAAUAGGAUCAAGGCGCCUGUAGAGGAGAGCCUGCUCGAUGUUUUCAUCUCACUCAAAGGUGCAGAUGGGCAGCCUUUAUUAUCAGCUGAAGAAAUCAAAGCACAAAUCACUGAACUACAGCUUGCCACGGUGGAUAAUCCCUUCAGUAUAUCAGAGUGGGCUCUAUCAGAAAUGCUGAACCAACCUGAGAUGCUUACAAAAGCACAAGAGGAACUAAAUAGGAUAGUGGGAAUCGACAUGCUUGUUCAAGAAUCUCAUAUCCCUCAUCUCCCUUACAUAAGGGCUUGUGCAAGAGAAUCGCUCCGGCUGCAUCCCGUUGCACCAUUCAAUCUUCCCCAUGUUUCCAUUGAUGAUGCUAUAGUAGCAGGCUACUUCAUCCCAAAGGGCAGUAGUGUUAUUCUAAGUCGUUUAGGCCUCGGACGCAACCCCAAAGUCUGGGAAAACCCGUUGAGAUUCGACCCCGAGCGUCAUUUAAGUGGAGAUGCCAAUCAACAGGUGGAGCUGGAAGAACAUGAGCUGAGGUUCAUUUCAUUUACUACUGGAAGGAGAGGUUGCAUGGGUGGUACGCUUGGGACUACCAUAACUGUGAUGCUCUUUGCUAGGCUUCUUCAAGGGUUUACAUGGAGCAUGCCACCCAAGGUGGAUAAGAUUGACCUCACUGAGGCUCCAACCCUUUUCAAGCUCAAUCCUUUGCAUGCACAUGCUAAACCUCGCUUGCCUGCUGCUAUGUAUCCGGUUUAGGUGUUCCAGAGUAAACCGCAUAUAAAACCCUUGGCUAGCUAGUUCAUAAAUAAAGCCCUAUUAAGAAUAUGAUCACUAUGACCAAGCUGUACGUACUAGCUAGGAAGCUAGCUAUUCCAUCAUUUUGCAUUCUAUGAUGAAGUAGCUCGGAUAUCUCUGGCCAUGCCAGAGGCUAGCUUCUAUCAUUUUGCAUGUAUGUACGGGGUUGAGGUAAGCUUGCUUGUGUAGAUUAAUAAUA